GGACGGCGGGUUGAGCACGGAGGACCGGACGGAGGACAGGACAGGCGGCUGGAUGCACCGGGACUCCCCUGGCCGCGGUUACGCACGGACCCAAAGACGCUGGAGCUGCGUCUUUGGAACAUCCUGAUAACGCGAAACAAGAGAAGAGAGAAGAGAGAAGAGGAGCGACGCGGAGAGCCUCCAUCAUCUGAAGGUCCCUGCAUGGCUUUUUCCUGAGUGGGGUGUGUCUCUUUACGAUGCAGAGCCCUGGGACUGUAGGAGCCUAGAGUGAAGUUGUGUUCAUAGCGUUGCCAUGUAUACGUCCAGUACGGAGUUGGGCUCUGUGGCGGCGGAGCGGCGCAGACCGGCUCCUGCCCUGACCCCUGAUGACAGAGACCUGUGGAGAGACCCCGGGCGGAUGGGCUGGCGAGAGGGGCGAGAGAGCGGAGUGGUGCAGAGCUACAGCUUCGAUUCGUACCAGCUGGAGGAGGAGGAGAUGAGCAAAGAUGCCCCGGAGCGAGGAGUGCUGGCUUUGUCUGAACCUGACUUCGAGGAGCCGAUUCCUGAUGACCGUUACCAUGGCAUUUACUUUGCGAUGCUUCUGGCCGGAGUGGGUUUCCUCUUACCCUACAACAGUUUCAUUACAGACGUGGAUUACCUGCACCACAAGUUUGAGGGGACGUCCAUCGUGUUUGACAUGAGUUUGACGUAUAUCCUGGUGGCGCUGCUGGCGGUUAUCCUCAACAACAUCCUGGUGGAGAGGCUGAGUAUGCACACCAGAAUCACUGUGGGUUACAUCCUCGCACUGGGGCCGCUGGUAUUUGUCAGUGUUUUUGACGUGUGGCUGGAGAAGUUUACCACGAGACAAGCGUACAUCAUAAACCUGGUGUCUGUGGGAGUGGUGGCAUUUGGAUGUACAGUGCAACAGUCCAGUUUCUAUGGUUACAUGGGGAUGCUUCCCAAGAGGUACACACAGGGGGUGAUGACAGGAGAGAGCACCGCUGGGGUCAUCAUCUCUCUGUCCCGCAUUUUCACCAAGCUGCUCAUCCCGGACGAGCGCAGGAACACGCUUAUCUUUUUCCUGGUGUCCAUCAGUAUGGAGAUGCUGUGCUUUGUACUCCACCUGCUCGUGCGCCGCUCCCGGUUCGUGCGUUACUACACCAGCCACGCCCAGGGUAAAGGCCCGGGCAAAGGUCACGACCCCCGCGAUAAUGGGACAGGAUACAGGGUGCACCAUGAUGUCACGGCAGAGGAAGUUAGAUUUGGGAAUGGAGGGACGAUGCCCUCGGACAGACAGACGGAAGAAGGCGUGGAUGACUUUGGAGGAGGGACUUAUGUACGGUUUGACGCCCCAAAAGCCAAGAUCAGGAAGAGCUGGCCUGGCCUUCGUGACAUGAUCUUGCACCGUUACGUCGUGUCCCGUGUGAUCUGGGCCUACAUGCUGUCCAUCGCAGUGACCUACAGCAUCACUCUGUGUCUGUUCCCUGGCCUGGAGUCAGAAAUACGCAACCCGACGUUAGGAGAGUGGCUUCCCAUCCUCAUCAUGGCCACGUUCAACAUGUCUGACUUUGUGGGAAAGAUCCUGGCUGCUGUGCCGUACGACUGGUCGGGUGGUCGUCUCCUCUUCUUCUCCUGCCUCAGAGUGGUCUUCAUCCCUCUGUUUGUCAUGUGUGUGUACCCCGCCAGCGCCCCCACCCUGUCGCACCCCGCCUGGCCCUGUCUUUUCUCUCUCCUCAUGGGCGUCACUAACGGAUACUUCGGAUCAGUGCCAAUGAUCCAAGCAGCUGGAAAAGUGCCUCCUGAACAGCGAGAGCUGGCUGGGAACACCAUGACAGUGUCGUAUAUGACAGGCCUCAUGGUGGGCUCGGCCGUGGCCUACGCCGCCUACAGCUUCACCGCUCCAGGAUCAGGGACACGCCUGAACACUCUGCACUCACUCAACUCUACGGGCUACUGACCUCACCCCUCACCAUGUACGCAGACCACUGCAGCAUUUACUAUGAAGAUGUCCAAGAGGAAAAAGACCAGAAACUAUGAAGAAAAUGCUUGAGUUAAAUCAAAAGAAAACACUUCAUUCCUUUUUGCAGAGUGUUAUAAUUGUGUGGACACUGGAUGACAUUUGUACAGUGUAAAGUCACUGUGCAGCAUCGUGCAGCAGAGAGAACAAAGACGCACUAGUUUUACAAAUGCCAAAUGACUGAAGGGACGUAACAAAAGAGCAAUGAUUCUGUAUCUGAGCACUGUUUACACUGCUGCUUAUCUGAAAAAUACUAGGACGUAGAGUGAGGUGUUCUGUGACAGCCCUGAACUUAUUUAGUAGCAACAUUUGGGGCAUUUAUGUAGAUGUAAUUUGCAGACCAAAGAUAUAAUUUUAGUCAAACAGUGUUACAGGUUUUAUUCAAACACGAUCGUUCAAUUUGCCAAUAAGUAACAUUUCAACAAUAUCACACCAAAAAUCUCCCCUAAACAGUUAAAAAAAGUCAAAUGUGAUGUCUUGCACCACCUGAUGGUGAAAAAAGAAACCAAAAUGUAACGUGUGAGCAACUAAUCCAAUGUAAAAUGGAUAAAACAGACGUGGGACAUGUACAGCUGAACAGUGAGAAUGUAGUUCUAUAUAAAACAAGGGACUUUGUAAAUAUACUAAUAAGUGCACUCAGAGCAGUGGCAGAUUUGUAUUUGUAAAAAUAAAAUGAUAUAUUUCAUUACUCUAUGUAGCUCAAGUUCAUGCACAUUUUGUUAAAGUAAAUAGAUGUUUCAGUUGUGGUAAUGAAACUGAAUGAAGAGGUUUGCUUAAAGUUUAUAUAAGAGGAAAGGUUCAGACUUGAAUAGAGAUCAUAGUGGACACUGUGGGAUCUGGCCUUGACCGGGAGCUCACCUCAUGACUGUAUCUACGUGCCAUGUCCAUCUCACCUUGUUCCUCUCUUUUCAGACGUUGUUAUUUAUCUUUGGUCAGCUGUGAGAUGAAGGCCUGAGCAGUGACCUCACUCCUCUGUCUUCUUCAGUGAUACUGUUUUAGGAGAUCCCACAUGGGCCAUUUAAAAAGCAGCGCGGUGAUGCCCCAGUGGACUGAGUGUACUGUGAACGCACUGCCACUUUCUGCAUACAUUCAUCUUUCUAAUGACAGUGGAUAAAAGAAUAUGGAAGAUAAUGUCACUGCUCAUGAAUCAUUCACUGAGGGUCCUGUAGAGCCUGGGCUGAGCUCUGCACUAAAACACACUUUGGACCUUAAGUUUGUCUUUGCAUAGCCUUAAUAUAUGUGGUUCUGUUUACAUGCUGUUUUGGAAUCACCAUGAAGAAAAAAAAUAAAUAUUUGCUCAUGUUUUC